AUGCCACUCUCCAACAAGAGCCUCCCUUUCGUCUCCCUCGCCGUUGAUGGUGGUUGCUGCCGUCAAUUUCGCCGUGGAUGGACGGCGGCGAUCCUUCCCUGUCAGAUAAAGAGGAGGAGAACGAUGAGGAAGACGCGGCGACGGACAUUCUGUCGCGAGUCUCACUCGUCGAUGCUCCCAUACUCUUGUUCGUUUGUUUCCAUAAGGCUCUGCGCUCUGAACUUCACCUCCUUCGUCGCUUGGCGGAAACGGCGUCGUUGGAAGACGAACCACGCCCUUGCCGACAAUUAGUCCUUCAGCUUCACCGAAGAUUCCAGUUCCUGAAACUAGCUCAUAAGUAUCAUUGCGCUGCGGAAGACGAGGUUAUCUUCCUUGCACUGGAUACACAUGUGAAAAAUGUCGUAUGUACAUAUUCCCUUGAGCAUAGCAGCACCAAUGACCUUUUCGAUUCCAUCUUUCACUUCUUGGAUGAGCUGAUGGUUCCUGAUAAGAAUAUUUCCGUGCUGUUCCAAGAACUUGUGUAUUGCAUUGGAAUCUUGCAAACCUCCAUCUACCAACAUAUGCUGAAAGAAGAAGAGCAGGUUUUUCCUCUGUUGAUGCAGAAAUUAUCUACUAAAGAACAGGCCUCACUUGUGUGGCAAUUCAUAUGUAGUGUUCCUAUAAUGUUGCUGGAGGAAAUCUUUCCAUGGAUGGUAUCCUUCCUUUCUGCAAACAAACAAACAGAAUUUGCCCAGAGUUUAAAUGAAAUUGCACCAAUGGAAAAAGAACUGCAAGAGGUUUUGCUUUCUUGGCUUAGAAGAAAUAAACCUAUCUUCACUGACACGUGUUUUCCAAGUGAAGAAUUUCAUGGUGCUGAUGAAUUCCUACAUAUAGAUAAAUCAGUUGGGCUGAAUUAUUGCAAUAAGAACUCCGAAGAAAUUUCAAGUAGGAUGAAAGUGAAUGGUCCAGAAAUAGAUGAGGUCAACCAGGUUAAUGUCCUUCAUCUUUGGCAUAAUGCUAUCAAGAAAGAUUUGAAAGAAACUCUGAAUGAACUUUAUCUACUAAGGCAAUCCAGCUGCUUUCAGAAUUUAGACUCAAUACUUGUUCAACUAAAAUUCUUUGCCGAUAUCCUCAUCUUCUACAGCAAUGCUCAGAAGAAAUUCUUUCAUCCUGUACUGAAUAAACAUGCUUAUGAAUGGUUGUCUAAGUCUAUUGAACAAUUUGUUAGCCAAAGUCACAUUGAAGAUAUACAACAGUUGCUAUUAUAUAACUCAGAAAGUGGAACAACUUUGAGCACAUUUGUGGAGAAGCUUUGCAGAAAACUUGAAUCAUUUGUAUCAGAAGUCAACAAACAAUUUGCUUUUCAAGAAGUUAAGGUAUUUCCCAUCCUUAGAAAGAACUAUAGAAGUGGAAUGGAAGAGAGACUUCUGAGCUUGAGCCUGCGUAUGAUGCCUCUUGGUUUACUAAAAUGUGUUAUAACUUGGUUUUCAGUUCACUUGUCUGAAAAAGAAUCCAGGUCCAUUCUCUAUUACAUAAAGAAAGAAAACAAUUCUGUCUGUAAAGCUUUUGCAUCGCUGUUACAUGAGUGGUUCCGCAUUGGUUAUUCAGGUAAAACCUCUAUUGAAAAAUUCAGACAAGACUUGCAACACAUGUUCAAAAGAAGAGGUUCCUUUUUACCUGAACAAAUGAAGGAAGCUCAUGGGUUUUCCUUCUUAAAUUCUGAGAAGCAGCCUCAUAAAGUCUCUGGCCAGAAUUGUUCGUCCUACUCCUCAUCUUCUGGAUCCAGCAAUAUAAACAAGUAUGAGACACCAUACUCCACAGGAAUUAAUCUGCAUAUAUUUUUUCCUGCCACAGUUGUGAAGUUACAUCUGCACCCUGCAUUACAUGCAACAAAUCAUUCUUCUAAUUCCUUUCUUGAUGAUCCUAAACCAAUUGACCUGAUAUUUUUCUUUCACAAGGCUAUGAAGAAAGACUUGGAAUACCUAGUUCUUGGCUCAGCUCAGUUAGAAGAAAAUGAUAAGUUGCUUAUGGAUUUCCACAAACGAUUCCAUCUCAUAUGUUUUCUUCAUCAAAUCCAUAGUGAUGCAGAGGAUGAGAUAGUUUUUCCAGCCUUGGAGACAAGGGGUAAACUUAAAAACAUUAGCCAUGCCUAUGCCUUUGAUCACAAACAUGAAGUUGAGCACUUUGAUAAAAUAUCUCGCAUCCUUGAUAAGAUGUCUGAAUUACAUCUUUCAGUUUCUACUACUGAUUCAACUAUGAGGGAGAAGAGAAUGCUAAGGUAUCACCAUUUAUGCAGGAAGUUGCAAGAAAAGUGCAAAUCAAUGCAUAAACUACUUUCAGAUCAUAUAAACCGUGAGGAAAUGGAAAUUUGGCCUAUAAUUAGAGAAUUCUUCUCAAAUCAGGAGCAAGGGAAGAUCAUAGGAUGCAUGCUUGGAAGAAUAAGAGCAGAAAUAUUACAAGAUAUGAUACCGUGGUUAAUGGCAUCUCUAACACAGGAAGAACAACAUGUUUUAAUGUUCUUAUGGUCCAUGGCUACUAAAAAUACAAUGUUUGAUGAAUGGUUAGGUGAAUGGUGGGAUGGGUAUAGUUUAACUAAGGAAACAGAGGGAUCACAUGAUGCCCCUCUACAUCCUGUUGAGCCACUGGAGAUCAUAUCCAAAUAUUUAUCUGAAGAAAUUCUAAACGAACUACAAGAAGAAUCAUCUGCCAACAAAAACAUAAAUAGUCUGCAGAAGGAUCAUAUUGGUGAUAAUGUUGAGCUGCCUAACUAUUACUUUGACAAUAAAGUAAAGGUUAAUAAUGCGGAACAAAAUAAUAAUCAGUGCUCAAAAUGCACAAAUCAAUCUGAUGAUAAUAACAAACAUACUUGCAAUGAAGUAGGAAAUAUCACAAAUCUAGUAAGUAAUGAAGGUAAGUCUUCUCAUCCUUGUGACAAGUCCAGGCACUAUGACCGACUUCUGAAAUUGAGUCAAGAUGAUUUGGAGAUGGCAAUAAGAAGGGUGUCUCGUGACUCUUGCUUAGAUCCUCAAAAAAAGUCAUAUAUAGUACAGAAUAUAUUGAUGAGCCGUUGGAUUAUUAGACAGAAGAUAUCUUCUACAGAAGUCAAUAUCAAAAGUGAUGGACAGGAAUUUCCUGGGAAUCAUCCAUCUUACAGGGAUCCUCUCAAACUAAUCUACGGUUGUAAACACUACAAGAGAAACUGUAAGCUCUUUGCUCCUUGUUGCAACCAACUUUAUACUUGCAUACAUUGCCAUAAUGAAGAAUCAGAUCAUUCAAUUGACAGAAAAUCUAUUAAAAAGAUGAUGUGUAUGAAGUGCUUGAUGAUUCAACCAAUCAGUGGCACAUGCUCAACAAUUUCUUGUAAUUUAUCCAUGGCAAAAUAUUACUGCAGGAUCUGCAAAUUAUUUGAUGAUGAAAGGGAAAUUUAUCACUGUCCCUAUUGUAACCUGUGCCGUGUUGGAAAGGGUUUGGGUGUAGACUACUUUCACUGUAUGAAUUGCAAUGCUUGUAUGUCUCGUUCUCUUAUGAUACAUACAUGCAGGGAGAAAUCUUUAGAAGAUAAUUGUCCAAUUUGUCAUGAAUAUAUCUUUACAUCCUGCUCUCCAGUAAAAGCCCUCCCAUGUGGUCAUGUGAUGCACUCAACAUGUUUUCAGGAAUAUACCUGCUUUAAAUAUACCUGCCCAAUAUGUAGCAAGUCACUUGGAGACAUGCAGGUAUAUUUUAGGAUGUUGGAUGCAUUAUUGGCUGAAGAGAAAAAUUCUGAUGUGCUUUCGAGUCAAACUCAGGUUAUAUUGUGUAAUGACUGUGAAAAGAAAGGAGCGGCCACCUUCCACUGGCUCUACCACAAAUGCCCUUAUUGUGGUUCCUACAACACUAGAGUUCUAUGAUUCUUCCAUUGAGAGCAUAAAGUUGCUUCUCCUUAGCUCUUUUGUAUUUAAAAGCAUUAGAUUGUAUUAUUAUAUUUAAUGAUUAUCUCUAUUGCUUAUGCCAAAAUAAUCAUUCUACCGUAAAAAAAAAAAUUAUCUUGCUGUCUAUGACAUUUAAUUGAUUUAAAUUCUUCCAUUGCUGUGCUCGGUGUUAAAAUCAGCAUUGAAUCUUCAGUCUGAAAGGCAUGAAAUGCUAUUCAUGACAUUUUGCUACUAAUACACAUUUGCUGUCUACUUUGUUUGUGGUCAGCUGACUCUUUAAAUGCUUG